UUGCGCGUUGCGUAGGACUUCCUGGCCUUGGCAGGUCCCCCGGCGGUUGUCUGAGGGGCGGUAAUCCGUGCGGAGGCCACUACGCUUUCCCCCCAAUCCCGCCGUGACUCGCCACCAUGAGCAGCACCUUAGCCAAGAUCGCGGAGAUCGAAGCCGAGAUGGCUCGGACUCAAAAGAACAAGGCCACAGCACACCACCUAGGGCUGCUUAAGGCUCGCCUUGCUAAGCUCCGUAGAGAGCUCAUUACCCCAAAAGGUGGUGGUGGUGGUGGGCCAGGAGAAGGUUUUGAUGUGGCCAAGACAGGUGAUGCUCGAAUUGGGUUUGUGGGUUUUCCAUCAGUGGGGAAGUCAACACUGCUUAGUAACCUGGCGGGGGUAUAUUCUGAGGUGGCAGCCUAUGAGUUCACUACUCUGACCACUGUGCCCGGUGUCAUCAGAUACAAAGGUGCAAAGAUCCAGCUCCUGGAUCUUCCAGGUAUCAUUGAGGGUGCCAAGGAUGGGAAAGGUAGAGGCCGUCAAGUCAUUGCAGUGGCCCGAACAUGUAACUUGAUCCUGAUUGUUCUGGAUGUCCUGAAACCUUUGGGACAUAAAAAGAUAAUUGAAAAUGAGCUGGAAGGCUUUGGCAUUCGCUUGAACAGCAAACCCCCCAACAUUGGCUUUAAGAAGAAGGAUAAAGGAGGCAUUAAUCUCACGGCCACUUGCCCUCAGAGUGAGCUGGAUGCUGAAACUGUGAAGAGCAUUCUGGCUGAAUACAAAAUUCACAAUGCUGAUGUGACACUGCGUAGUGAUGCCACAGCUGACGACCUCAUUGAUGUGGUGGAAGGGAACAGAGUUUAUAUCCCUUGUAUCUACGUGUUGAAUAAGAUUGAUCAGAUCUCCAUUGAGGAAUUGGAUAUCAUCUAUAAGGUGCCUCACUGUGUACCCAUCUCUGCCCAUCACCGCUGGAAUUUUGAUGACCUAUUGGAAAAGAUCUGGGACUAUCUGAAACUAGUGAGGAUUUACACCAAACCCAAAGGCCAGUUGCCAGAUUAUACAUCCCCAGUGGUGCUACCUUACUCCAGGACUACAGUGGAGGAUUUCUGCAUGAAGAUUCACAAAAAUCUUAUCAAAGAAUUUAAAUACGCUCUGGUCUGGGGUCUAUCUGUGAAACACAAUCCUCAAAAAGUGGGUAAAGAUCAUACGUUGGAGGACGAGGAUGUCAUUCAGAUUGUGAAGAAAUGAAACCUUCCCCUCUGCCCAUCUGCUGGGCCAACUGUAGCAGCUUUUCCCACGGUCAAGCACUCUACCCCUUCUAGCUUUGGCAGCCAGUGGAUCAGGAUUCAGGGGAGGGAGAUGAAGGCACCCAAGCUGGAACUUUACUUGUCUUAACUUGGUGUCACCUUGUAAAUUCAACUGCAUAAAGGACCUGGUAGGCGAGCCAGCUAUGUGCAGUUCAUGUGUCAUUGUCAGAGUUUGUUUUGGGGUGGACUAAAUGAGGAUGGGUAUGUAGAGUAAGGCAUUUGCAGAAAGGGUACUUGGGAGCUUGGUCUUAAGUGUGAAAUGGAUAACAAUGUGACUGCAACAUCUUAUCUGAUGUUUAGUCACGGGGAACCCUUCCAACUUUAUGUGGCUUUUACUCAAGUGGUCUUUCGCAGAUGAUACUGGAAAGAGGAAGGACAUGAUGUAAGUUAACUGAUUAUGCCCUGUAAGGCUGGCCCAUGUGGGAGAUAGUGUCGUGUGGCAGUUGAGUAAAGUACUCUAUCCAGACACA